AGAAUACAACUCAUUGUUUUUUACUGUUGCACAAGGCUUAGAUUCUGCUAAAGGCAGGUCGAGUCUUAUACUGAAACUGCAACAUACUCUUGUUGUAAUAACUUGUUGAAGCCUUUUUCAAAUAGGGGUGUGAAUUUGUGAAACAAGAUAUUCGGAUUAAGGCUGCGUUUAGUUCCUGAAAUUGGGAAGAAGUUUGAGGAAAGUUGGUAGUUUGGACAGUUGGUAGUUUGGACAAAAAAAAUUGGGAGUUUACGUGAGUAGGAAAGUUUUGGAUGUGAUGUGAUGCGACGGAAAAUUGAGAGUUUGGGGGAAGUUUGGUGCGAAAAUAUGGCCUAAAUUGAGUAAAUACCAGUAUAUUGGUUGAUGGGGGCGGCGGGAGCAUUAAGUAUAUAUAAACACUGGACCGUCAUUGCCGUCGCGGCGUCGUCAACAAAUGAUGAGUCAUGCUGCAAGCCUGCAACCCUCGUCGUCGCAUCGCCCUGGCCUCCAGUCUAUGGAUCGAUCGGCUUUGUACAUCCUGGUCCUUUUUUAAGAUUUUACAAAUACACUGUCAGCAAAACUUAUGCAGAGAUGGACAUGACGCUGAUCGAUUGCAGCCGUAGCCCCGUAGCCCGUAGCGACGGACCGCACGGCGCGUGCUUCUCUUCGCCUCAAACCUACCAGGUGUUCGGCGAAAUGCCGGAGCGGGCUUCAUGCCGCUCGCUCACCACCACGCCGGCGAGGCGGCGACCGUCGGGUGUUGCUCGAGCUCGGCCGGAUCAACCAAGCCACCGCCGACAUAUGGUGAAUCUUCCGUGCCGGAUAACUUGCGCCGCCACGCCAGUCUGGGAAAGCUAUUGCAACAUCAGUCAUCACCUAUGUCAUCAACAAGGCAUUCGACUACUUGAAGGAUAACAAGGAAGCUGGAGGGCUGAAGCCUACUAGAGAGAGGCUGGAGAAACUCCUCCCUCAGAUCAAGGUGGUCUUGGAUGCUGUGGACAUGGAGCAUAUCGGAGACCAAAGUGAUGCACUGGAUGCGUGGUUGUGGCAGCUCAGAGAUGCUGUUGAAUUGGCUAAGGAUGCGCUUGAUGAACUGGAGUACUACAAGCUUGAGAGGGAGGCCAAAAAAAUACAAGCGGGUAGCAAGGUGAGUGGCUCUCUGCAUCAGUAUAAGGGCAAGAUUGUUCAGCGUUUUAAUCACACAUUUAACACUGGGUCACUGAAGAGGUUGAAAAAUGCUGUCAAGGCUUUAGCUGAUGUUGCCUCUGGUGUUGAGCGAUUUAUCCAAGUUCUGAAUCAGUUUGGCAAUAAGGUUAACUUUAAACAAGAGGUGGAAUUCAAGAAUUUGCGUGAGACAAGCUCAUUGCCUCAUAGCCUAGUACUUGGAAGAGAAGAGGAGAGCAAUAUUGUAGUUCAGUGGCUGACCAAGCGUGAAAACAGUGCAUCUGAACAGAUUGUUGGCAACAUCCCCAUAUUUUGUAUAGUUGGUUUAGGGGGUAUUGGGAAGACAACACUAGCUCAAGUUAUAUGCAACGAUAACAAGGUAAAAGAUUAUUUUGAUUUGUUCGUCUGGGUUUGUGUUUCUCACAUUUUCGAUGUUGAAACACUAACGAGAAAGAUCCUCCAAGGUGUGACUAGAACAGAAAUAGGUAUGAUUGGCCUAGAUGCUCUCCACAAGGCACUUCAGGAGAAACUGAGUUCCAGAACCUUUCUCUUGGUACUGGAUGAUGUGUGGAAUGAUGAGAGUCUGCGUGGUUGGGAGACUUUAGUAAGUCCAUUAAGAUAUGGGAAGACCGGAAGCAAGAUCUUGCUGACAACUCGAAUGGAAUCAGUAGCUAAUCUUGCUGCAAGAGCGAUGCAAGGAGAAUGCCAGUCUUUAUCAUUGAGUGGGCUAAAAGAAACUGAACUUCUUCUUCUGUUAGAAAGACAUGCCUUUUUUGGAGUUAAUCCUGAUGAUUAUAGAAACUUGCAACACAUCAGCAAGAAAAUGGUAAGCAAACUCAGUGGUUCUCCAUUGGCAGCAAAGGUUCUAGGUGGAUUGUUGAACAACAAAAGGGAUAGUAACACUUGGAACAGAAUAUUGGCAUCAAGUGUUCAUAAUAUACAACAGGGCAAGGAAGGGAUUAUGACAGUGUUAAAGUUGAGCUAUCAGCAUUUACCAACCCAUUUGCAGUCAUGUUUCAGGUAUUGCAGCUUAUUUCAUAAAGACUAUGAAUUCACAAAGAAAGAAUUAGUGUAUUUAUGGAUGGGCUCAGGACUAAUCCAACAAUCGGUAGAUGGCAUGACACCAGAGGAUGUUGGAAUGGGAUAUUUAGAUGCACUAACCAGAAAGUCUUUUUUUGAGAUUAAAUCAAGACCUCGGUCUAGUCGUGAUAUAAAAUGUCGUUUAUUUGAAGAAUAUUACGAGGAACGGUUUGUUGUGCAUGAUCUUUUGCAUGAAUUGGCACGGUCAGCUUCAGUGAACGAAUGUGCCAGAGUUAGUAUAAGUUCUGAAAAGAUUCCAAAUACUAUUCGCCAUUUAUGCCUUGAUGUGAUAAGUCUCACUGUUGUUGAACAGAUCUCCCAGUCAAAGAAAUUACGCACACUUAUCAUGCAUUUUCAAGAGCAAGAUCAGGCAGAACAAGAACACAUGCUCAAAAAAGUGUUGGCUGUCACAAAAAGCUUGAGGGUAUUAUCCCUAACCGCAAAUUAUCCCUUUAAGCUGCCUGAUGCAGUGGGUGAUCUAGUGCACCUUCGCUAUUUGUCUCUCUCUCUCAUGUGGGGCGAAGGAAACACGACACAUUCCUGUUGGUUCCCACAAGUUGUAUACAAUCUAUAUCACUUGCAAACAAUGAAGUUCAAUAAUCCGAGACCCGCAGUCCCUAUGGAAGGACAAAUGGAAGGAAUGUGCAAGCUGGUUAAUCUGCGCCAUUUGCAUCUAACUCUUGUAAUAAGGCCCAUGAUUCCUUUUAUAGGAAAGCUGACUUCUCUUCAUGAGCUAUAUGGUUUCAGCAUCCAACAAAAGGUUGGUUACACUAUUGUCGAACUGAAGAAUCUGAGAGACAUUCAUCAUUUACAUGUUUCAGGUCUUGAGAAUGUUUGCAACAUAGAAGAGGCUGCUGAAAUCAUGUUGGACCAGAAAGAGCAUCUAUCUGCAGUAACAUUAGUUUGGGCUCCAGGAUCAUCUGACUCAUGUGAUCCAAGCAAAGCUGAUGCAAUUCUCGAUAAGCUUCAACCACACUCCAACACUUCUAAAUUGCAACUUGAAGGAUAUCCUGGUUCUCGACCUCCAUUUUGGCUGCAAGAUCUCAUACUCAUUAACUUGACAUACAUCUAUCUACGUGAUUGUCAAAGCAUGCAGUGCCUUCCAUAUCUUGGGCAUUUACCUUCUCUUCAAUAUCUGUACAUAGUUAACAUGAAGUCGGUAGAGUGUGUGGAUUCAUCAUUUUAUGGAAGUGGUGAGAAGCCUUCUGGAUUGCAAUCCCUUAAGGUACUAGAGAUUGAGAACAUGCCAGUUUGCACGGAAUGGGUUGGAUUGGAGGGUGAAAACUUAUUUCCUCGGCUUGAGACACUAGCAGUGCGUGAUUGUCAGGAGCUGAGAAGACUACCGACUUUACCUACUAGCAUUCGACAAAUUGAAAUUGAUCAUGCUGGUUUACAGGCUAUGCCGACAUUUUUUGUGAGCAGUGAUGGAAGUUCAUCAUCAAUGUUCAACCUCUCUCUGUCUAAGCUAAUGAUAUCCAACUGCCCGUAUAUAACAACUUUAUGGCAUGGGUGUUCUCUUUAUGCUCUCGAGGAAUUGUCCAUCCAACAAUGUGCAAGUUUAUCAUGUCUACCAGAAGAUUCAUUCAGUUCAUGUUCCUCCCUGAAAACCCUUGAAAUUGUGAAGUGCCCAAAUCUGAUCGCACGACAGAUCAUGUUGCCCCAUACUAUGAGAACCAUCACUUUUGGAUUGUGUGCUAAUGCUGAACUUGCGUUACUAGACUCAUUGACAGGUCUUAAAUAUCUGAAACGGAUCUUUUUAGAUGGUUGUGCAAUGUCAAAACUCCCUUUACAACUGUUUGCAGGUUUGAUAGGGCUAACUCAUAUGGUGUUAAAUGCUUGCUCAAUCGCACACCUUCCAACAGUGGAAGCCUUUGCAAGAUUGAUAAAUCUUGAAUACCUUUUCAUUUGGGACUGCAAAGAGCUGGUUUCACUUAUCGGGAUCCAAGGUCUCGCAUCGCUCAUGUCAUUGACAAUCGCUAGCUGUGACAAGCUUGUUGAAGAUUCAUCUAUUCUGUCACCAGAGGAUGCUGAUUCAUCUGGCCUAUCUCUGAAUCUCAGUGAACUUGAUAUUGACCACCCAUCAAUCUUACUUAGAGAGCCAUUGAGAAGCGUCACUACCAUCAAGAGGCUUCAAAUUUCUGGUGGACCUAACCUAGCACUCUUACCUGAGGAAUAUCUGUUGCAUAACUGUCAUGCCCUUGAAGAACUAGUUCUGACUAAUGCUUCUCAUCUGCAAUGUUUACCACAAGCAGUGACAACCUUGACCUCCCUGCAGUCCAUGCAUAUAAACAAUGCAGUUAAGAUUCAGACACUUCCAGAUAUGCCAGCAUCUCUUACCAGCCUGCACAUCUAUGGCUGCAGCUCUGAGCUCAAGAAGAGAUGCCAAAAACAUGUAGGCCAUGAUUGGGUUAAGAUUGCACAUAUCAGUGAUGCCGACAUUCGUUGAGAUAUGAUACAUGACAUGGAAUGGGAUUUGGUACAGCAGAGCAUAUGUGAACAAUGCAUGGAGUUUUCUCAAACUUUUCAGUUCUCUGUCAUCAUUACAGCUUACCUUUGUGAUUGUUACUAACAUUUUGUUAGCCUAAAUUGCUAGGAAUGUACUUUGCAUUCUCAGUUCUGGCAAAGCUACAUAUGGAUUAGAAUUUUAAUAUCAAAUAUAACCAUCUCGGAACUCACUUCUAUGUUAAAUUUCAACCAGUACUCUACAUGACAAUGUAAGAUAAGUACCUAUUUAUAAUGAUUUUUUUCUUAAGAAAAUAUCCUAAUAAAAUUGAAAAGGACAAAAAUGAAAAGGUAAAGUAGUGAAUCAUUAUAAGAGUACGUCACACUUUAAAAACAGUAAGAGUAAUACUGGCUUAGUGGCUUUCCGGAUAAGGUUAGCUAGACAAGAUUGUUUCACCUAAGUUGCAGGUGCAUAUUGUGAAAAUUAUAUGUUUACCAUGAAGAUGGUUCAUAGAUUAAUAGCUAAAAUUUAGUCUAACAGUUUAAGUUGAUUCCAUCUGUGGUGCCAUUUAUUUUCUCUCUUGACUGGAUCACUAGGUUACCUCAAGCAGUAUUUUCCGAAGGUGAUGACAGUUCAUUCUGUACUCCCUAAUGCAUUCCUUACAUCUCUUGUAGGAAUUCCAUUGGAACCACAGCUUGAGUUCAGUUGCCUGGUGACAGUAACACGGAGAAGCUAUUAAUUCUUAAUCUUCAUAAUCCACUGUGUACUUCAUUUCACGGACUGUAAUGUCAAUUUCAUAAACCAGCAGUUAAUUUGGCACUCUGCCAUGGUUUUGGUAUAGUUCACUCUAUGAUAAAUACCAUUCUGCUCAAUAUUUCUA